AAUUAAAGGCCAUUAUUAGUGUAAGAGGGGUUGGGGAGGAAAUAGGAGGGAGAGAGGAGGACCCAGUUGAGGAAAAAGAGGAAACUAAUGGACAACACCUCCAUGGCUAUGGGCUGUGAUCGGCGUGGCAACGGGCCUGGUACUGGCUUUGGUCUUGAUGGUUGUCUUGGCGAUCAGAAGGGUGAGACGACGACGAGCGGAGAGGGAGGGAGGAGAGAGGGUUAGGCACAGAUCCACUGUCACUGAGAAUGACAGCGGAGCCAAUGCGGCCAAGGCAUGGGCACAGCACACACCCCACCGAGAGCAGAGGGGCAGGACAGGGAGAGAGAAAGACAGGAAUGGGAUAAAGAAGAAGAAAGCAAAGGAGGCUGAGAAGAAAAGACGCAGAGAUCCACUGGGGGAGGAUGCCCUUCGACUGCAGCCCUUGAAAAAGGACCUGGAUAUUGGAAGUGACACUGACUUUACCCAGAGUUCUAUGGAGGACAUCAACAGGUCCAUCUGUGACCAUCGAACGCAAGAGCAGAAGCACUACCGCAGCCCCCCGAGCCACCCACAAUCACCCACACAAACUCCACUUUUAGCCCCCCCAAGAGGAUGGGAGAGAAAUGCUGUCCCGUCGCCACAUCACAGAACACCCAAUCAAUCUGGUUCGGUUCAGUGGUGUGGUCCAGACGGGUCAGUUGUCCUGAUUCGUGCGGUCCGGAGUGGGCUUGACCGCGUGGUUCUGGAGCUACUACGAGCUGGGGUGCCGGUCAACAACACCGACCACACUGGGAGAUCAGCCCUCCACUGGGCAUCCUCAGUUAACCACCUUUCCUUGACAAGAACCCUCACUCGCUACGGUGCUGCGGUGGACCUACAGGACAACAAGGGUGAGACUGCUCUGUUCCUCUCCGCCCUCCACGGUUGCUACGACACCGCCCGGUUCCUGCUCCUGAACGGGGCCAAUCAGGAUCUGUCUGAUCGCAGAGGACGCCGGGCACUGGAUGUUGCCCGAGAGGGCAUGCAUCAUCAAGUCCUGGAGCUCCUAUUGGCUCACAGGGUUCAGAGAGGGCCUAUUCCUAUGGAGCAAGCCAAUGAUAUGCUGUGGGAUGAGCGUGCCUUGCUGUAUAGCCAAUGGGUGAAUUCCCCUGGGCUCCCUGGGAGAAGUGCCUCCUUCUCUGGUGUCAUAGGGCAUCGGGAUAUGUCUUCGCCUCCACCAAGUGAUUGGUCAAUGGGCAGAAUGCAGUGCCCUUCCCCUCAGAACUGGCGGCCACAGCUCAACCAAUCAGUGACCGCAUUGGUCACCCCAAGAAUCAUGGGGCGUCCCCCACGGCCAAUCAGCACUCUGCAGGAAGUUACCUCAGAGGACGAAGAUCGUGAAAGGCCCCAGGAAGUCCCGAGAGCAGCGACACCGCACUUCCUGUUACCCCAGCCUGCUCCUCGACAGCGGUCCUUCUCCUGUACCCAGAAUGCAAUGCAGCGUCACUCCAUUUCACAGCAGCCCGAACCGACUUAUGUUGCCUUAUCAGAGAAAAUUGCCAAUGAGCCCAUAGAAAGAGUGAUCGUAGUCCCUCCUACAGAUGCUCCCACCAAAUCAAAUCGUAGAUCAAUAGUCGAUAGUAGCGAUAACCCCAACAGGGCGGCGCAAGAGAUUGAGACAGSAAGUUUUAAAAAGGCAGACCAGAAAGCCCGAAGUGAGAAGCUAAAUAACCACAUGCCGGACUCUAAACAAACAGCUUUGUAAAGGAGAGGGCUCUGCUAAAAUUACCCCAAAUACCAUGUCAAUCAUGUGCUUUUUACAUUUUCUGUAACAGGCUCCUUGCCCCUAAAUAACAGCAGAUUGACAGACGGGAUAUAAACUCAGUCAAUAAAUGAGUAACUUCAUUUACUCUAAAUAUCUAAAUCAAUAAACUAUGAAAUGAUU